AUGAGUUGGAUGCUCUUCAUCUGGGCGGCCAGUACCCUGCUGGCUCUCUGCAGGGGAUACGGCACUGUGUUUGAAGGAUAUGGCCUGUCUAAAUCUGGCUACCAUCUAUGUAUUCACAAUGAGACAAGGCUGGUGAGUUUCCUGGUGACACGUAAGAUGCCAUACACAGUGACAAGGCCUUGUGGCAUGUGGUUGCCUUGGAGGACAUGUGAAGUCACGCUUUACAGAAUGACCCAUCAGACUGAGUACAAGACAGUCACUAAGGAGGUUACCAGGUGCUGUGAUGGCUACGAGCAAGUCGGCAGUUACUGUGCCCUGCCUACCAACAGGAGUAUGGACUUCACUGCCAAGCCAGGGUCCUGCCCCAGUGCAGAUGGGCUGUCCAGUGAUGAAGACUGUGAGUGGGACACAGAUUGCCCACAGUGGCAAAAAUGCUGCCAGAACUGCACCGACCCUGCAAGCUCACCACAUUACUCAGAAAAUGGAGGAUGGCGUUUCAAUGUAACAGUGACAGUGAAAACUGAAUACCAGCAGCUGAUUUCCAAGGACAGAGGGCUUCUGAAUCACACAAGGCUGUUGCACGCAAUGGUGGCCGGGGCUCUGGAUACCUCCAGUGUCUCAGUGCGCUACCUGAGCUCAUGGCCUGUUCAUCCCUUCAGAACUGCUACCUCACUGCUCAUUGAGUCUAACUUCACUCUUUCACUGCCCAGCACCACGUCAAAGCUGCACCUUCUCCUCAAGCACAUAGGGGAGGUGUCGUCCAUUACAGUGGAAGAUGUGGAUGAGUGUGUGCACGCUGCUCUCCGUAAAUGUUCCCUCCAGGCCGAGUGCAAUAACACAAUGGGCUCCUACUUCUGUACCUGCCGCCGAGGUUAUAUUGAUGUUGACCCCAGCAACAGUGGAGCAGAAUCUGAGCUGACCACCGUCGAGCCCCUUGCACCCUGCAACGCUGCCAUGACGCCAACCUCUACCCAUCCUCUACCUAUAAACACAACCAGUACUCCAACUUUCCACACCGCAGAAGACAUCUUCACCUCUGCUGAGACCAACAUGCCUACAGUUUUGAAUACUACAAACUCUAGCCAUUCUUAUCCCUCACCUCCUCCCCGUCUUACCAGCCUGCAAUCGGCCAAUGUCACUGGAACCUCCUUCUGUGCAUACUGGUCCAGCCAAUUUCAGAGAAACAUGAGCUACUUGGUCAUUCUGAGCCAGGGAUCAGAGCUCAUCAGUCUCUGGGAGACCAAUCAGACAAUGCUGGAGGUGCUGGGAUUGCAGCCAGGGAUACUCUACAAUGUUACUGUCACGCCUUGUGCCUGCGGACGCCAGGGAGACGCCCUGCAUGUGUCAGUCAAGACCGCUGCUCAGACCCUUGAUGCCACAGCUCGGCUGACCAAUGUCCAGUUCACCGCUGACCUGCUGAACUCCAGCAGCCAGGCCUAUCUAAACCUCACUAAGAGCAUUGAAGAAGAGAUCUACCAGUCUCUUUCUCCAGAGAUCAAGGCCAUGGUGGCUUCAGGACAGGUGAGAAUCGAGAUCAAGAGCCUGUCUCAGGGCAGCGUGGUGGUCAACUUCACCAUCAUCUUCAUCCCCAGUCAGAACAGUGACAUCAACAACGUCUCCUCAGCUUUGCUGUCCUCUCUGAUGAACAGCUCCAAAUACACUCUGGAUGAAAACAAUACAAGUAUAAAUGAUUUUGAUGAAUGUGCAUCAGGAGAAAAUGACUGUUCCCAAUGGGCUGCAUGCACAAACACCUGGGCGUCCUACACAUGUUUUUGUCUGGACAGCUUCAUAGACAACAACCCUGCAAGGCCUGGACGAGCUUGUCAGGCAAUGGUCUCCACACCACCAUCUGAGACAGCUACACAAUCACUGACAACCACUUUCCCUUUAAUAACAUCUUCAACUACAGUGACAGUGGCAACCACAACAGUCAGCCGUCCUGAUACAGCUACAGUCACUGCAUCAGUUACAACCAUACAAGCUAUUACCACACCAACAGUUGCAACCACUGCCCCUCUGACCACCACAUCUACCCCUAUUACCACCACUUCUGCCCCUAUAGGUACCACUGCAUCCACUGCCCCUAUUAGUACCACUGCAUCUAUAACCAGCACUACCGCCCUUACAGGUACUACUGCAACCACAACUACCACUGCUGCCCCUAUAGGUACUACUGCAUCUACUGCCCCUUUGGGUACCACUGCAUCUACCACCACCACUACUAUCCUCACUGCAUCUACCACCACCACUACUAUUCCCACUGCCCCUAUAGGUACCUCUGCAUCUGCUGCCCCUAUGGGUACCGCUGCAUCCACUACCAUCACUGUUGCCCCUACUGGUACCACUGAAUCCACUGCCUCUACUGCCACCACUGCUGCCCCUACUGCCACCACUGCUGCCCCUACUGCCCCUAUAGGUACCACUACUUCCCCUAUUAGCACCAUUAUUACCAUGACUACUGCCCCUCCUGCCCCUGUUAGCAUCACUGCUGCUCCAGUUACUACCAGUACCGCCCCUACUACCCCUUAUACCUCUACUAUCACCUCUAUUGCCCCCUCUACCACCACAACCACCCACCAGGCUACACCAGGGGCCAUCUCAGUCCAUUGCAGGGCUACUGCCAUCACUGUGACAAUUGCCAGGGAUUUUUUAGUGAGCAAGCAGAUCAGUGACAGCGCCCUCCACCUGGGCUUGGAGGAGUGUGGCGUCAACGGGGGCAACACCACCCAUGCCCAGCUAACUGUGGGGUGGCAUGAGUGCGACACAAUGCUUUUGCAUAAUGAAACCUUCUACACUGCACAAGUGACCCUGUUCAACACUAUGGAUCCGCAGACUUUGCCCAAUGGCACAGCGGAGGUACCCAAAAUACGCCUGGAGGUACCCAUCAUGUGCACCUACAGGAAGAGCAUGCUCAUCUCCACGGGCUUUGGUCCCAUGGGGUAUGACAUGAUCAAAGACGCCAUCAUGGGCUCGGGAUCUUUCCAUGUGACGGUGCAGCUGAUGAACGGCUCGAUGGCGCUUCCUCAGAACUAUAGCCUGUCCCCUGCAGAGGACGUGGUGGUGCAAGUCAGCCUCAACACCUCAGCAGAGCAGAUUAAAGUGGUCAUUAACAAGUGCUGGGCCACUCCCAGCCGAAACCCCACUGACAGCAGCAGCUACACCUUCCUGCAAAACAGCUGUCCCCUACCCAACACGUAUACCACGGUGCUGGAGAACGGGAACACCAGCACAUCUCGUCUGUCUGUGAGGAUUUUCUCCUUCGUCAACCUGGAUGUGAUCUACCUCCACUGUCAGGUCGAAAUCUGCGUGCAGAUUGGAUCUGUCACCUGUGUACCUGACUGCACUGAGCGAAGUGGGCGGCUUUCAAACACAAUUGCAACAGUUUAUGGAAGCUCUGGGCCGCUGCUAAGAUUAGAUUAUGAGCAACUAGACGAGGGCCUCGACACCCUUCAUCUGGUGGGUUUCUCCUGUAUGGGAGUAGCCCUGGUGCUCUUCUUCCUCGGUGUCUUCAUCUGCCUUUUCUACUACCAAAGGAACCGCAUCGGUCAUUACAACUUCAGCGUCAAACCAAAGCAGGAGAACUUCAGCUAUCUGGUCUUCAACACUUAA